CGUCCCCGAGUCGGGCAGAGCGACCGGCCGCCUGCCUGCUGGACCCGCUUCACCUCGUGCUCCUCGUUCUCCUGGGCAUGGAGCUCAGAGGCCUGCUGAACUCCCAGCAUGCAACAGCAGAUGGAGGACGUCCACCUGUGUUCCACCUGAGCUGCAGAGGAAGCAGUUUUCUCCCGACUUCUCCUUCCUCACAGAAGUGAUCCCUCUUUUCUCUGAUAUUGAUCUUGUUGUGUUGGAGUUUGUCUUCUUCUGGACGGCCUCAGGACGCUUCCUCCUCCUCCUCCUCCUCUUCUUCUUUCACUCGCUCAGCUGUCACUCCGUCUGUCACUGUCAGGAUAUCCCCUUCCCUCUUUCUAGGGUUUCAUAAUGCGCCGGGAUCGCAGCGAGCGCUGACUCUCAUUCACAGCGCCGGCUGAAUUUCAUCCUGUUGCUCGCCGGAGGAUAUUGACGGGCGAUGAAUGGGACUCGGGCCUGACUGGACGUCUCGGGGGUCGUGGAGAUGAUGGAAGGUCACGGGCCGCACAGAACUUAACCUCAAACACCCAGAUAAGAGGAGGCUGGUGUUCCACUGCAGUCACACAGGGGGGGUCUGAGUCCAGGGUGUUUUUUGGGGUUUUCAUUGGACUGUGUGAUCAUGGGGAACGCUGCAGGCAGCAUCGAGGUCUCGCAGGGCAAGGAGGGCAACACGGUGAACCCGAAACCAGCGGCAGGGGCAAAGCUGCCCAUGCCCCCCGAGGACGAGCUGGAGGAGCGCUUCAGUGCAGUGCUGAACACGAUGAACCUCCCCCCGGACAAGGUGAAGAUCCUCAGCCAGUACGACAACGAGAAGAAGUGGGACCUCAUCUGUGACCAGGAGCGUUUUCAAGUGAAGAAUCCACCUUCUGCUUAUCUGGAGAAGCUGAGAUGUCAUCUGGACCACGGCGGAGUCAGCAGGAAGUUUAAGAGACGAGUGCAGGAGUCCACCCAGGUCCUCAGAGAGCUGGAGAUUUCCCUCAGAACCAACCACAUCGGAUGGGCUCAGGAGUUCCUGAACGAGGAGAACCAGGGUCUGGACGUUCUCGUGGACUACCUCUCCGUGGCCCACAGCGCCGUCACGUUUGACGCGGAAGCGCUGGACAACGGCUCGCUGCCCGCCGACCGAGGCAAAACCGUGGACAAGUCCGUGGAAGAUCUGAGCAGAAGUGCCAGCAACUCCCCGACUCACGGCGCCGCCAAGGCUAGCAAGGCCUUCACAGUCAGGAAAGUCAUGAGGAACUCUCGAGGCGUGAGCCAGAAAGACGACGUCCAUCUCUGCAUCAUGUGUCUGCGAGCCAUCAUGAACUACCAGUCGGGCUUCAACGAGGUGAUGAAACAUCCGUGCUGCGUCAACGAGAUCACACUGAGCCUGAACAACAGAAACCCCAGGACCAAAGCUCUGGUUCUGGAGCUGCUGGCGGCCGUGUGUUUGGUCCGAGGAGGUCAUGACAUCAUCCUGUCCGCGUUCGACAACUUCAAAGAGGUGUGUGGAGAGAAGAGCCGGUUCGAGAAGCUCAUGGAGUAUUUCCGUCUUGAAGACAGCAACAUCGACUUCAUGGUGGCGUGCAUGCAGUUCAUCAACAUCGUGGUUCACUCGGUGGAGAACAUGAACUUCAGGGUCCACCUGCAGUUCGAGUUCACUCAGCACGGCCUGGACGACUACCUGGAGAGGUUAAAGUUCACGGAGAGCGACAGGCUGCUGGUGCAGAUCCAGGCCUACCUGGACAACGUGUUCGACGUGGGGGCGCUGCUGGAGGACGCCGAGACCAAGAACGCCCUGCUGGAGCACAUGGAGGAGCUGCAGGAGCACAACGCCCAGCUGAGCUCCAGGCUGCAGGAGAGCGAGCGCGACGCCGUCGACAAGGUGUCCGAGCUGGAGAAGAAGCUCAUUCAAAGCACCAAGGAGGUGGAGCUGCUGAAGGAGAGUCUCCGGGAGUCCUGCUGCCAAGCGGCGCUGCUGCAGCAGCGAGAGCGGGAGCGAGAGCUGCAGGACGAGAGGCGGAGCCAGCGAGAGCGAGACCUGGACCGCUCCCACCAGGCUCUCCGGGAGCUGGAGGUCAAGGUUCAGGCCCUGGUGGAGCGCGGCCUGGUCCGGCUGGAGCGCUCGCCCUCGGGUCACCUGGACGUCCAGCUGGUGCCACAGAGAGCUGAAGACGAACCUGAUUCAGGUCACGACCCCGAAGCUGCUCCCACCUCCUCGGAGUCCGAGACGUUACAAGCUCCUCCACCUGCAGCUGUAGCUCCUCCCCCUCCCCCUCCUCCUCCUCCUCCUCCUCCAGCUGUAGCUCCUCCUCCACCGCCUCCACCGCCAGCAGCUCCACCUCCUCUUCUACCUCCAGGUUGUAAGAAGAAGAAGCCGAUUCAGACCAAAUACCGCAUGCCGCUCUUCAACUGGCAGGCGCUGAAGUCCAGCCAGGUGGCGGGAACCAUCUUCAACGAGCUGGACGACGAGCGCGUCUUAGAGGAGCUGAACAUGUCCACCUUUGAGGAGCAGUUCAAGACCAAAGCCCAGUCUGCCUCGGUCGACCCGGGCACCCUGAAGAUGAAGAUGGCUCACAAGACCCCCAGCAAAGUGUCCCUGAUGGAGCCCAACCGAGCCAAGAACCUGGCCAUCACUCUGCGCAAGGAAGGGAUGGCGGCAUCCGACAUCUGCUGCGCCAUCGAGACGUACAACCAGAGGGCUCUGAGCCUGGACUUCCUGGAGCUGCUGGAGCGCUUCAUCCCCAGCGAGUACGAAAUGAAGCUCAUCCACACCUACGAGUGCGAGGGCCGGCCCCUGGACGAGCUCAGCGAGGAGGACCGCUUCAUGGUGCGCUUCAGCAAGAUCCCGCGCCUCCAGCAGCGCAUCAGCACGCUCACCUUCAUGGGGAACUUCCCCGAGAGCGUGCAGCUGAUCCAGCCGCAACUGAACGCCAUCAUCGCAGCCUCCAUGUCAAUCAAGUCUUCCAGCAAGCUGAAGAGAAUCCUGGAGAUCAUCCUGGCGUUUGGAAACUACAUGAACAGCAGUAAGCGUGGGGCGGCGUACGGCUUCCGCCUGCAGAGCUUGGACCUGCUGCUGGACACCAAAUCCACGGACCGACGGCAGACGCUGCUGCACUUCAUCGCCGACGUCAUCGAGGAGAAAUACCCGGAGCUGCAGAGCUUCCACACCGAGCUGCACUUCCUGGACAAGGCGGCGCUGGUUUCCCUGGACAGCAUCCUGCAGGACGUCCGGGCUCUGGAGCGAGGCAUGGAGGUGACCAGGAGGGAGUUCUCGGUGGACCAAGACAACCCGGUGCUGCAGAAGUUCCUCAGCGGCAGCGCCGAGCUGCUGGACUCCGUGACGAGCGACGGGAAGACGGCGCAGGACGUGUACGACUCGGCCGUGGAGUACUUUGGAGAGAACUCCAAAACGACGCCGCCCUCCAUGUUUUUCCCAGUUUUCGUCAGGUUCAUCAAAGCCUACAAGCAAGCCGAGCAGGAAAACCAGCACCGCAGGAAGCAGCAGGUCCUGAACUGUGACGCCCCGACGACGCCCCCGAGACCAGAGGCGGCGGACAACAAGCUUCCUGUGACGCCCAAACUCCCCCAGAUGGAUCUGAUCGCCGAGCUGAAGAAGAGGCAGGUGUCUCCUCUGGUGAGGGAGGGCAAGGACGGCGCCAUCGAGGACAUCAUCACGGCUCUUAAGUCCGUGCCCUUCACGGCUCGCUCUGCCAAACGCUCCUCUCGCCUCUUCUGUGACUCCGUCUUCAGCGACGAGAUUUGAGGAAUCAGCCGUACAGACGGGCGGACGCCGGCCGCCGCAGCGCCAAGUGGAAGGCGGGGCAGCAGCUGCACGUCUCCUCGGACAUCUCCCUCUGAGAGAGCGAAACAUCCUGCAGGGCGAACGGCGCUGCAGCUUCACAAGCUCAACGCAUCACCAUGGCAACGGCGCAGGUCCACAACACAUCGCCAUGGCAACGGUGCAGCUCCACAACACAUCACCAUGGCAACGGUGCAGCUUCACAACACAUCACCAUGGCAACGGUGCAGCUUCACAACACAUCACCAUGGCAACGGUGCAGCUUGACAAGACACCGCCAUGGCAACGGCACAGCUUCACAAGCAAAACACAUCGUCAUGGCAACGCUGCAGCUUCACAACACAUUGUUAUGGCAACACUACAAAUUUACAAGCACAACACAUCGCCAUGGCAACGCUGAAGCUUGACAUCGCCAUGGCAACACUGAAGCUUCACAAGCACAACACAUCGCCGUGGCCACACUGUGAUGCCGCAUGCAUGCUCAGGUGAAAAUGCAUGCAACAACAUCACAACUGCAGUACAACCAGCUAAAACCACGAAGAGUUUGUCUCACACACACACACGCACACACGCACUGUCUACAUUAUUUGCAGAGAAAACAGAAAGUAGAAAUCUAUGGUUUGAGUGAUGAAGCUAAUUACAAGCCACUGCACACUAACGAGCGUCAACCUGAUGAAGAUGAUGAAGACGAUGACACAGAUGAAGGAGAUGUUCAGGUUCGAGGGACGGAUCAAUGAUUUUGAAGAGGAAGCCUCUGAUCAUUUACAUCGAUCUGUUUAAAUUUAAAAAGAUCUUUAAAACAACGAGCAGCUUCUCUCCUCUGCAGGACUGAAGAUUUGUAAAAUAUUUAAAGUAUUUUUAUUACUAAAGCUUAUGAAUGAUGAACUUCUACUUUGCUUCUGCAUUUCAACUAAUAAAGUAUUUUAUACUGCA